CUUUGUUUGUCACAUGCGAGAAUACGCCUUUGUGCGCAAAUUUAUUUUUAUUUUUUUAUUUAUAUCGUUAAAGAAUAAAAUUUUAUUCUAAAAAUUUUUUAACUGUUUAAAUAAUAAUGCCUUUUAAAGAUAGUGAAGACAAUAAGGAUCAUUUAAAAUAUUCAAUAAAAAAUUUUACAAAUAGGACCAGCGGAAAAAAACAAAUUGAUGAUUUCAUUCAAGAAAUGCAAUUGAAAAUAGAAGACCGUCAUGAUAUAGUAUUAGAAUGGAUACCAUACAAUCAAUUUGUUAAAAUUAAAAAAAUAAAUAAAAAUGGUUUUAUAACAGGAUAUUCAGCAAUAUGGAAGGACGGACCAUUAUAUAAGAAUUGGUGGAAUGACAAAUACACAAGAAACUCAAAUAAAAAAGUUACUUUAAAUUGCUUAUAUAGCUCCCAAUAUAUGAUUGAAUUCCUAAUAGAUGAGACUAAAAAGUAUUUAACAAAUCAUACAAAUAAGUAUAAGGACCAACAUAAAAUAUACGGAAUAUCUCAAGAUCCAGAUAAAAAUGAUUAUAUUUUAGUUCAAAAUAAUUUUAUAAAUCUCAUAAACUGGGCGAGUGGAAAUGAAAAAAUUGAUGAUUUCAUUCAAGAAAUGCAAUUGAAAAUAAGUGAAAUAAGUGACUAUAAUGAUAUAGUAUUUGAAUGGAUACCGUACAAGCAAUUUGAUAAAAUUAAACAAACAGGUAAAAAUGGUGUGUAUUCAGCAAUAUGGAGGAAUGGACCAUUAUACAAGAAAACUAAGUUGGAUUCAGUGUAUACUCAGCAAUAUGGAGGAAUGGCCCAUUAUACAAGAAAAAUAAGUUGGAUUCAGAUUAUACAAGAGAUUCAAAUAAAGAAGUUGCUUUAAAAUGUUUGCAUUACCUACAAAACACUGUUGAUUUUUUAAUAAACGAGGCUAAAAAAUAUUCAACAAAUAAGUUUCCUGUAUUGUAUGGAAUAUCUCAAAAUCCAGAUACGAAUGAUUAUAUUUUGGUUCUUACCUGGA